CUGUUCAGCCCCCUCCUCCGGAGCCCGGCCCCGGCCACAUCCUCCUCCUUCUUAUUUCUCUUCCUGCUUUCUGGUCGUUCAGCCUCACCUUAGCUGGCCGUAUCAUCGCUCCUCCAGACACCACACGGUCUCUGAUAUAAGGUUUUUCUUCAGAUCUCAGCAAUCAUGUCCUCAGUCCUGCAGAAGUUAAUUACCCCCCUGGCCAGCUCCUCCGCUGAGCCUCCCAGGAACAAGGUGACCGUGGUUGGUGUGGGCCAGGUCGGCAUGGCGUGUGCUGUUAGCAUCCUGCUGCGGGACCUGUGUGAUGAGCUUGCUCUGGUGGAUGUGAUGGAGGACCGUCUCAAAGGAGAGAUGAUGGACCUGCAGCACGGCCUGCUUUUCCUAAAAACUUCCAAGGUGGUUGCUGAUAAAGACUACGCCGUGACUGCAAACUCGCGUCUUGUGGUACUGACGGCCGGCGUUCGACAACAGGAGGGCGAGAGCCGCCUCAACCUGGUCCAAAGGAACGUCAAUGUAUACAAGUCCAUUGUCCCACAGAUCGUAAAGUACAGCCCCAACUGUUCAAUCCUGGUAGUGUCCAACCCUGUUGAUGUGCUCACCUAUGUGACCUGGAAGCUGAGUGGUCUGCCAAAGCACCGUGUCAUUGGUAGCGGCACCAACCUUGAUUCUGCUCGCUUCCGUUACAUGAUGGCCGAACGCCUUGGCAUCCAUGCCAGUUCCUUCAAUGGCUGGGUGCUGGGUGAGCACGGAGACACCAGCGUUCCUGUGUGGAGCGGCGCAAACGUUGCAGGAGUUAACCUGCAGAAACUGAACCCUGAGAUUGGCACUGAUGCAGAUAAGGAGCAGUGGAAGGCCACACACAAGGCUGUGGUGGACAGUGCAUAUGAGGUGAUCAAGCUGAAGGGUUACACCAACUGGGCCAUUGGCUUUAGCGUGGCUGACCUGACUGAGAGCAUUGUGAAGAACCUGAGCCGUGUCCACCCAGUCUCCACCAUGGUUAAGGACAUGUAUGGUAUUGGUGAGGAUGUCUUCCUGUCUCUGCCCUGCGUCCUGAACGGCAGCGGCGUUGGCAGCGUGGUUAACAUGACCCUGACAGAUGGAGAAGUGGCCCAGCUGAGGAAGAGCGCUGACACUCUGUGGGGCAUCCAGAAGGACCUGAAGGACCUGUGAACAAAUCUACCCCACAGCGUAGAGGACCCCGUCGUCUCGCCACACUCUUUUUCUAUUGUCCUGUUUUCAGACUUUAAUGCUCUUACUGUAGGAAGCUCUGAGUGUCUUUUAGGGCUGUGAUUGUUGAAUUUCUGCCACUGUCUAGCAGAGCUGCUUUCUUUUAAAGCCUGUUUUCUGUCGAUCACAUUCAUUCUAAAAUCCACUGGCAUGAUUCCUAAAGUAAGAUGUUUGUUCCCAAACAGCUCGUUGGGUGUUCCUCCUGUGUUUGUAUUGGAACAUAUGAGGAUUCAUAAAUGUGGUUUUGAAGAUCAAACACCUUCGCAAUGCUCUUUGUUGCUUCUACUGAUUUCACUUAGCUCCUUUAGCUGCAGGGAUUUUCCUAUAGAGAGCUCCCUUGAAAGACCCUAUACUCGAAACAGUAGGUGUUCCUCAGACCUCAUACUCAACUGUAAGUUCACAGUGAACAGUCCUGUGGGAAUGUUGUUAAAGUAAGUGGAAAUUGUUUGCUGGAAAUGACAUUUUAACAUCUGUGUUCAGUGUUCUGUAAUCGGAUGUGUUGGGAUAAUAAAUUUGUUCACAAAGGGCA